UAUUGCCAUGUGUCGACCUGCAAAUGGCUGCCUUCAUCUGUGGUUGCAUUCUAACCAUCUAGAACUUUCUCCCGGCUUCUUGGGUCCGACCAUCUCUAUUUCGCAGCGGGCACUCUUGUUGAGGUCUUACCCACAUGGCAUGCGCUGAGACUUUGAAGGGAAAAUUGGGUAUGGAAGCAUGGUACAUUCAGAAGAGCGAUGAGGACCAAAGGCUUCCUCAUCAUUGUAAUCCAAAGCAGUAUGUUUCUCUGGACAAACUUCGAGAAUUGGGAAUUCUGUAUUGGCACUUGAAUCCCCAAGAUUAUGAAAAUGAUGAGGAGUUGCGGAAGAUCCGGGAGAACAGGGGAUACAAUUACAUGGAUCUUCUCGAUUUGUGCCCAGAGAAAGUGGAGAACUAUGAGCAGAAGCUGAAGAACUUCUUCACUGAGCACAUUCAUGCGGAUGAAGAGAUCCGUUACUGCCUACAGGGAAGUGGGUAUUUCGAUGUGAGGGACAAGAAUGACCGUUGGAUACGCAUAUGGAUCAAGGAAGGAGAUAUGAUUGUGCUACCUGCUGGUAUAUACCAUCGUUUCACUCUCGACACUACAAACUACAUCAAGUUGAUGCGCUUGUUCAUUGGAGAACCGGUUUGGACGUGCUACAAUCGGCCGCAGGAAGAGCAUCCUGCAAGGAAGCAAUAUGUCGAUAAUCUGUCUCGAAUUGAAGGCCAGGGGAUGACUGUGCAGGCACAUUAACUUGUCUGUUUACAAAUUCCUCGUUUCCUGUGUCGGUAGUGGCUAAACAAUAUCAUAUUAAUGACUAUUUGCCACGUAGCCUACAUUUAUGUCUAGGAAGUAUUAUGCAUUAUUGUCAAUUAUCGUUUAUGAGGUUCUGAUAGUUAGUACAUAAAUCAUUUUUAUAUAUGUUAAGUUUAGGAGUGAAUGUUGUAUUAAGAAUCUCUUCUCCCU